AUAGGCUGUUUCCUUUGACUUCUGCUGUUUCAUCUCUGAAUAAAAAUCCAUUCAACCUUCCAUUAUUGUGUGACCUCUAUACUUUCAUAUCUCUCUCUCUCUGCAGAAUAAAAGAAGAAGAGAGAAAACUAUGGGAAGAGCUCCAUGCUGUGACAAAGCUAGUGUUAAGAAAGGUCCAUGGUCUCCUGAAGAAGAUGCAAAACUAAAGGAUUACAUAGAGAAAAAUGGAACUGGUGGAAACUGGAUUUCUCUCCCAAAAAAAGCUGGUUUGACAAGGUGUGGCAAAAGCUGUAGACUAAGAUGGCUUAAUUAUCUUAGACCAAACAUUAAGCAUGGUGAAUUCUCUGACUCAGAAGAUAAAGUAAUUUGCACCCUCUUUUCUAGCAUUGGAAGCAGGUGGUCAAUAAUAGCAUCUAGGCUACAAGGAAGAACUGACAAUGAUGUGAAGAACUAUUGGAACACCAAGCUCAAGAAAAAAUUCAUGUCCAUGAAUCAAUCAGUGGAGAUGAAAUCUCAACAAGUUACCCUUUUAUCCAUUCUUCAAAAUUCAACAAUAUCAUCUCCCUCAUCAUUAUCAUUCACAGGUUCCUUUUCCUACUCAUCAGCAGCAGCAUCUUCAAGUCUUUUGAGUGGAAAUUCCUUUACUUCAGUACAAGAAAGUUCCACUGGUCCCUCUCAAAGCAAUAGCAAAGGCCAGAUCAACCAUGUCAUAGAUCAAGAGCUUGUUGAAAAGUAUGAUAAUGAUGAUGAUGAUGAUGUAGCUUUUGUAGCGCAGAAUAUUAGUGAUGUUGAUUAUCUCUAUAAUGGUGGAAGUGUUAAUCAGUGGAUAGAGAAAGAAAAUGGAUUAUGGGAAGAAAAUCCAUUUGAUGAAAUUAAAGAGCUAAUAAGGACUAAUACUACUAGUAGAUGCAACAACUUUUUGUUUGAUGAGUAAAAGACAGGAAAAAGUCAUCAAGUUGUGAUGGAUGAUGCUGACUAUGUGGCUAAAAUUGGACUGUGUUUCUUGUGUCUUUGUGAUAUUGGUUUUUAAGUAUUGAACGAACAGAACCACUUUCUUUGUUUCAUAGUGAAUUUUACAAGUUUUUAUUCUCA